UGAUGUAUGCAAAAAGAAGUGGAAGGCCCUAAGAGAUUGCUUCUCCAGGGAAUUUCAUAAAAAACCAAAAUCUGGUCAAGCUGCUGAAGAGCCGGAAUCAUCCUGGAAAUUUCGUGACCAAAAUACCAAAUGGAGUUUAUCAGGGAACAUAUGAAACCAAUACCUACGACAAGUAAUAUUACAUCUAGCCUUUGUAAUAUCGAAGACAUAAAUGAUUCACAGGGAACCGCACCCUUCACUCCAUUGAGCCCUGAAGAACCGGAAUUGGAUUUGUUUAAUUCCGAAGAACCUGUUUCAACAACCACGCUAUCGAGGAACUGCAAAGAGGCAAAAAAUGACUAUGGAGUCAUUAUUUUUAGCUACGAUGAAAUCGGUUCAGGAUUUCCUAGAAAAACCUCGGGAGGCUUCCCAAGUGAUAACGGUUGCAGCUCCUCCCUCUGCUUCUGUUUUACCUGAUCCUGAUGAGGAUGAAUUGUUCUGCCAGUCGUUAGUAAAAAAAAUUAAAAAUUUUCAAACAAAUUUAAAAAAUCAAGCAAAACUUGAAGUAUUAAGAUACUUCAAUGAUAUCGAAAACAUGUUACCCGACGAGUGAAUUUCGAAAAUUAGAAAAAUCAGUUUUGAAAACGCUAAUAAUUAUAUAAUGAAUGGUUAUUGUUCGCUAGUUUUGAGAAGGAAAAUACAAAUGUAUGAACUUACUAAUACAUUUUUAUUUUUCUUAAAACACAAAAAAAAACAUUCAUCAUAUUAUUAUUAGCGUUUUCAAAACUGAUUUUUGUAAUUAAUAAGGAUUACAAAAAACUUAGUUUCGGGAUUUGUGUUUUCGUUCUCGAAACUAUAAUUUUUUGUAAUAAGAUAGGUUUAAGAAUUAAAAAAAAAAAAUAUUUGCUCCGCUUAAUAUGGCUGUGGAAUCCUAAGGACCAAAUAUAUAGCGCAUACAUACAUAUGUACCUUAAAGUGCUUUAUAUGUAGUUAAAAUUAAAUAAUAAUUUAUGUAAGACUGAUGCGAA